GCAGCUCAAUGCCUAGCUAAAGAAAUAAACAAUUCAACUGCCCUCACGUGUUGGCCUUUAAAAAACAAAAUAAGAUUAUUAACUAUAUUUGAGCUAUUUGGAAUCUUUACAAAAUCAUAAUCUACCGUUAAUUAAUUGAGAUGACGGAACUAUCGUCAGAUGCCAAGCCGAACAUACUAAUAACCGGGACUCCUGGGGCAGGAAAAUCGUAUUUAUGCGAGCGUCUGGCCUCCCAACUGAAGUUCGAGUGGCUGGACUGCUCUAAAAUCGCCAAGGAAAACGAUUUUGUGGAGGAAUAUGACGAGGAGUACGACUGUCCCAUCCUGGACGAGGAAAAACUGAUGGAUCACUUGGAGCCUAUCAUGGCCAAGGGCGGUAACAUCGUUGAAUACCAUGGCUGUGAUUUCUUCCCGGAGCGCUGGUUCCAAGCCGUCUUCGUGGUCACCUGCCCCAAUACAACGCUCUACGAUCGUCUGAAGGACCGCAGCUAUAACGAGAAGAAGCUCACCUCGAACAUUCAGUGCGAAAUCUUUGGGACCAUUCUGGAAGAGGCCCGCGACUCCUACAAGCCAGAUAUAGUAUUUCAACUCAAGGGCGAAACAAAGGCAGAUGCCCAUCAAAGUCUGAAAACUGUGAAAAACUGGUAUCGUAUGUGGAAAAGAAAAUAAAUGUGUGAUUAGUUAGUAUCUUAUAAUCUUAUGUAUAAAAGCUUCAACACUGGGACACAAUGAAGAGAGUGUAUAAAAUCGUAAUCUUAAAUCUACAA